AUGGGCAGGUGUAAAAUCAAGGCCUCCUGGUUACUGUUCUUAGCUGGGUUGGUGCUAACAGGAACUGCUUUGGAAUAUGAGGGGGUUCCUGGUCAGUGGACACGCUAUGGCCAGUGGGAUGCCAAAGCAACAGGUGAGCUCAGUUUUAUUAUGAAAACCAACAUCAGCAAAGCCCUGGUGCUCUAUCUGGAUGAUGGAGGGAACUGCGACUUCCUGGAACUCCUAAUUGCGGAUGGCAGACUCCAGAUGCACUUCACCAUUCAUUGUGCUGAACCAGCCUCCCUGCACACAGAGACACGUAUCAACGACCAACGUUGGCACAGAAUUCUUCUCUCUCGUAAUUACAGAAACACCAAGCUGAUGGUGGAUAACGAAGAGAAAGUAGCUGAGGUGAAGUCCAAGAGAAAAGAGAUGGUAGUGGCCAGCGACCUCUACGUAGGUGGGAUCUCACCUGAUGUGCGUCUCUCUGCCCUGACGUCCAGCACUGUCAAAUAUGAGCCGCCGUUCCAGGGUUUUAUAGCCAAUCUGAAACUUGGUGAGGCACUACCGGUGCUGUUGGAUGGUCAAGCUGUACAUGGUGAUUUGGAGUAUAUAUGUGCCAGAGACUCUCCAUGCAGCAACAAAGGCCUGUGUUCCGUCAGCCAAGGGGAGGUCCUGUGUGACUGUAUCAAUACCAGCUACAUGGGAAGGUACUGCCAUGAAGCUAUCCAGCGAGAAGUACAAGGUCUGGCGCACCUGAUGUUAAACCGCCAAGGGCAGGAGGAGUCAGUGGCCACCUUCAAAGGCAAUGAGUUCUUCAGCUACAACCUUUCCCAGACGCCCAUUCAGAGCAGUUUGGAUGAGAUCACGCUGUCCUUCCGAACCCUGCAGAGGAAUGGCCUGCUGCUUCAUACGGGGAAGUCAGCAGACUAUGUCAACCUGUCCCUGAGGAAUGGUGCUCUGUGGCUGGUCAUCAACCUGGGCUCUGGUGCUUUCGAGGCCCUGGUGGAACCUGCCAGUGGGAAGUUCAAUGACAACGUCUGGCAUGAUGUCCGAGUGACACGCAACCUCCGCCAGGUGACUAUCAUGGUGGAUGGGAUUCUCACAACCACUGGCUACACUCAGGACGACUACACCAUGCUGGGCUCCGACGAUCUCUUCUACAUUGGGGGCAGCCUGAACACAGCUGACCUGCCGGGCUCCCCAGUCAGCAACAACUUCAUAGGCUGUCUGAAAGAUGUGGUUUACAAAAAUAAUGAGUUUAGACUGGAACUGUCACCGCUGGCUGAACAGCGAGACCCUAAGAUCAGUAUCCAUGGAGACCUGAUAUUCAGCUGCGAGAAUGUGGAAGCCCUGGAGCCGGUCACCUUCGACACGCCGUCUGCCUACUUGACAUUGCCCAGGUGGAACACAAAGAAGACGGGCGCCAUAUCUUUUGACUUCCGCACCACAGAGCCCAGCGGCCUGCUGCUGUUCAGCCAUGGCAAUCUGCUGGGGACACAGCCUGACAGGAAGCCCCGGGCAGACUUCUUCGCCAUAGAGUUACUGGAUGGACUUCUUUACCUAGUUAUGGAUAUGGGCUCAGGCAGCAUCAAGAUUAAAGCCAGUAACAAGAGGCUUGAUGAUGGCGAGUGGUGCCAUGUGGACUUCCAGAGGAAAGGGCGCAAUGGCUUUAUCUCUGUGAACAGCCAGAGCAUCCCUUUUUCUGCUAAUGAAGGCAGUGAGAUACUUGACCUAGAUGGGGACAUGUAUCUUGGAGGUUUACCUGAGGAUCGCCAAUCGCUCAUGCUCCCCCCUGAGGUAUGGACAGCAUCCCUUGGCCUUGGCUACGUGGGCUGUGUGCGGGACCUCUUCAUUGACGGACAGAGCCGUAACCUGUGGAGGCUGGCUGAAGUUCAGAGCGCCACAGGUGUCAGCAGCUUCUGCACCAGAGAGACUCAUGUCAGAUGUGCCAGAGACACAUGUGGCAAUGGUGGACACUGCAGAGAAGGCUGGAACCGCCACAUUUGUGACUGUAAUGGUAGUGGCUACCUAGGCCCUAACUGUGAGAAGGAUGCCACCAUGGUGGGUUAUGACGGCAGUAUGUAUCUGAAGGUGGUGCUGCCAAGGACGCUUCACACAGAGGCUGAGGAUGUGUCCCUGCGCUUCAUGUCCCAGAGGGCCUUUGGGCUGCUGAUUGCCACCACCUCUCAACAGUCAGCGGACACCCUGCGUCUGGAGCUUGACGGAGGCAGAGUGAAACUCACUGUGAACCUGGAUUGUAUCAGGAUAGACUGUAAUCUCAGCAAGGGGCCUGAGAUACUCCUGGUAGGCGAGAAGCUGAAUGACAAUGAGUGGCAUGCAGUGAAGGUGGUGCGGCGUGGGAAGAAUUUACAGCUUUCUGUGGACAAUGUGACUGUGGAAGGCCACAUGACUGGUGCCCACACCCGCCUGGAGUUCAACAACAUUGAGACGGGGAUCAUGACUGAACGGCGUUUUAUAUCUGUGAUGCCGUCCAACUUCAUCGGCCAUCUGCAAGCGCUCUCCUUCAACGGGAUGCUCUAUCUGGACCAAUGCAAGAAUGGAGACAUCUCAUUCUGCGAGCUGAACGCCAGAUUUGGCAUGAGGCACAUUGUGGCCAAUCCUGUAACUUUUCUAACCCAAGCCAGCUACUUGGCCUUCUCCACCUUGCAGGCCUAUGCCUCCAUGCACCUUUUCUUCCAGUUCAAGACCACCAGUCCUGACGGCCUGAUACUCUUCAACUCUGGAGAUGGUAGUGAUUUCAUCGUAGUGGAGCUGGUCAAAGGGUACAUUCAUUAUGUUUUUGACUUGGGAAAUGGGCCAUCACUAAUGAAGGGAAAUUCUGACAAGCCACUCAAUGACAACCAGUGGCACAACGUGAUGAUCUCCCGUGACAACAACAAUGUGCACAUCCUAAAGACUGACUCCCGUACUGUCACCCAACACGCCAAUGGAGCCCGCAACCUGGAUUUGAAAGGAGAGCUGUACAUUGGUGGUGUUGGGAAGAGCAUGUACAGCAGCCUGCCUCGAUUAAUAGCAUCCAAGGAAGGAUACAAGGGCUGCCUGGCAUCUGUGGACUUAAAUGGAAGACUCCCUGACAUGCUGGUAGAUGCCCUCCACAAGGUGGGAGAGGUGGAGCAUGACUGUGGAGGUCCCAGCACCACCUGCACAGAGGAAUCCUGCCACCACCAGGGAGUGUGUCUGCAGCUGUGGGAGGGCUUCUCCUGUGACUGCACCAUGACCACCUACGGGGGGCCAUUCUGCAGUGACCCUGGAACAACAUACAUCUUUGGGAAAGGAGGCGCUCUCAUCACAUUCACAUGGGCCCCCAACGAGCGGCCAAGCACCCGCGCUGACCGUUUAGCUGUGGGCUUCAGCAGUCAGCAGAAGGAUGCCAUUUUGGUGCGAGUGGAGAGCACCCAUGGGCUCGGAGACUAUCUUCAGCUGCACAUAGAUCAAGGAAAAAUUGGUGUUAUCUUCAAUGUGGGGACAGAUGACAUCACCAUCGAUGAGCCUGCUGUCAUAGUAAAUGACGGCAAGUACCACGUUGUGCGCUUCACACGCAGCGGUGGCAAUGCCACACUCCAGGUGGACAACCAUCCAGUUAUUGAGCGUUAUCCUCCAGGACACUAUGAUAAUGAACGACUGGCUAUUGCUAGACAAAGAAUCCCGUACAGACUUGGUCGGGUAGUUGACGAGUGGCUACUCGAUAAAGGGAGACAGUUGACCAUCUUUAACAGCCAGGCAGCCAUUAAAAUUGGUGGUCAUGACAAGGGUCGACCUUUCCAAGGUCAGAUUUCAGGGCUGUAUUACAACGGCCUCCAGGUGCUCAAACUGGCAGCAGAAAAUGACCCCAGUGUUCAGGUUGAGGGGAACCUGCGUCUGGUUGGGGACUCACUGUCUGUGCUGACUACUGACACCACCUCAGCCACCCCCCUGGCAGUGUCUGAUAUGUCAACCACAAUCAUGGAAACCACCACCACUAUGGCUACUACCACCACCCGCAGGCAGCGCUCACCCAGCUUAAGGGAGAGCAUCUCGAAGCCACAGAACUCUGACGAUAUUUUGGUGGCAUCAGCCGAGUGUCCAAGUGAUGACGAGGACCUGGAAGAGUGUGAACCAGGAACAGGAGGUGAAUUAGUGUUGCCUAUUAUAACAGUGGAUUCCCUUGAGCCCCCAUCUAUUGCCACCCGUUACCCCGUCAUCCCUCCUCCCCCUACCCUCCUAUCCCCACUUGAAACCACCAAAGAGUCCCUGAUACUCCCUCCUCACCCUUCCUGCCCCCCGGACCAGGAGGACUGUGGUGACCCUGUGGAGGUCUCGGCCUUCGGCUCUGGGGAGAUGACGGAAUCCGAUGAUGAGGACUUUUACAAUAAUAACUCCCCUAUGGUCACUGACAGGACAGUCCUUCCUCCACCACCCGCUGCCGGUGAGGGUGGAGUCCAGAAACCCCGCCCCCUACCUCCUUAUGUUCCCACCACCAACCCUGACCAGCUCCAUAUUCCCGCAGGCAAAAUGAACACCCGUGACCAGGUGCUUCUGCCCCCUGCUCCUCCAUCAUCCCGAAACACACCAGGACUAACUUACCCCCCCAAUUUUCCCCAUGUGCCCACAGCCAACCCCACAGCCUCUGAUGAAAAGAGCCAACCCGGCGCCGUGGAGGUGAUCAGGGAGUCCAGUAGCACCACGGGCAUGGUGGUUGGUAUUGUGGCUGCUGCUGCUCUCUGCAUUCUUAUCCUCCUCUAUGCCAUGUACAAGUACCGCAACCGGGACGAGGGCUCCUACCAGUCAGACCAGAGUCACAAUUUUGCCAACAAUUCCACUGUAGAGGGCAACGGAGCAGUGGUUAAAGACAAAAGCACACCAACAGCCUCUGUGGCCAAGGCAAUCACAAAGGGCAAAAAGAACAAAGACAAAGAAUACUACGUCUGAGAACAGAGAAGGAGAGCACAGGCAUGUGGACUGAGACAAGAAGAUGAGAGCUUUUGUUUCGCUCCCCCAUUUUGUCUGGUCGACCGUCAAAAAAAUUCACAGGCCACAAAAGAAAAAGAAAAAAACUGUACAAAGCAACUGCAUCUUGCUUUUAACAGUUACAUUACCCCUCAAAAGUCAAGGUUGCCCAGCUCUUAAUAGUGAUGAAAUCCUCA